AACAACUUCUCCUUUGACGAGAGUGGAAGCAUUGGUCGAUAAUUCAGUAUUUCAGACAUUGACGUCUUCAGGCAUUAUGGAAAUAAGCGGAUGCAGAUUCUCAGAUUUCACUUUACGAUCCGGUUCAUCGGAGGUCCUUCCAGACACCUGCACCAAGAUGACCUGUGGGCUCGACUGCACAGCUCACUAAUCAGAGCACAUGUGACAUGCAGUCUUGUCUGGGCAACAACAUGUGCACUGACAGUGUGGUUUGCACUGUGACGGGCUCCACUGUCAUCGACUUCUUCCACAGAGCUCUGCCUGUCCCGGAUCGCUGUACAUACACUCUGAUGAAGCCUCAAGGAAGUUCAGAAUUCACCCUCUUGGCUGCUUUCCAGGAGCGCCGCCGUAAAGAUGUGCCACUUUUGGACCAUUUGAUCCUAUUGCUGCCAGGGCCCAGUGCGAAACUGUAUCUGGAACAAGGUGGACGAGUUCGGAUGGAUGAAGAAACACUGACGCUCAACAGCACAGCUCAGACGUUUCACGGCGUGGAGCUCUCCAAGGACCAAACUGGAGUUACUGCCACCUUACCGUUCUCCAACAUGACUCUCUUUUUUGAUGGUAACACCGUACAUGUGCAAGGACCGACCGAAGCCUUCGAGGGUUUGUGUGGCAACCCAACUAGUUUCAACUCGAUCUUUACCCUAGUGGGGCAGAAGUCCUCUCUCUUCAGUCAACAGAGCUGCCAAAUUCAGCACAACGACACCGUCGACAAUUCAGUCAACUGCAACUGUUCAACUGAACACUGUCAGCUCAUGAGGCAGGCUCCCUUCACUGCUUGUCACAGCUACAUUGACCCAGAGCCGUACAUCACCGCCUGCACAGACACUUUGUGUAAAUACCCGUCGGUGGACAAUAUGAAAUGUCAGUUUGUGGAGGCGUACGCCAAGUCCUGCAUCCUGAGAAACAACGUCACACUGGAGGGCUGGAGGGCACUGACCGGCUGCUGUAAGAUCCUCCUUCACUUUAUAUUCACAGUAACUUGGGCUUAA